AUGAAACCGUAUCCUGGAAUACAUAAUAUUGGAAAUCCGAAGCGUAUAUUUAAUGAAAAAUUAUCAAGAUCACGAGUGAUUGUUGAAAAUACGUUCGGAGUACUUUGUACAAAAUUUAGAGUUUUUAGAAAGCCAUUUGCGCUGUGUCCAGAAAAAGUUACACUUAUUACUUUGACCUGUAUACUAUUGCACAACUACCUAAGAAAAAGUAAAACCUCGUCUCAAGUUUAUACACCUCCAGGUACUAUGGACAUAUACGACAAUAACAACAUGCUAGUUCAAUCAGGAUCAUGGAGAAAUGAAAUCGACGAAAACGGUGCUCUUCGUAAUUUACCAAGAGUAGCGCGUCUGUCAGCAUUGGGCGCAAUAGAAGUUAGGGAAGAGUUUACAAAAUAUUUUUGUAGCAAGCAAGUAUACUACUACCACAUCAUCACCAACGCAGACAUCGAGGAAGAAAUAAAGAGUAAGCAAGCUUAUCCUAUUGUGCAUUUUAAAAAUGAAACGUGUUAUGACAACUGUGGACUCGGACGACGAGACUCAAUACAGUCAGUUGAAAAAAUAACCGACGACGUCGACUUAGGGAGUGGACGAAGUGGGAAUUUACGAUUGGAAGAGAAUACGGGAAGAACGAGCAAUGAACAAUGUGCUGGAACAGAAGGGGUUGGGAUCACUGAAGGCGAUGGCGGGUAUCGAGUCAGAUGGGGAAAUGGAAGAACUAGAAGAUACUCUAUCGGGGGAGGCAGCACAGAAAGGCCUGGAACUAACACUGGACACAUGGAAGGU